GUUUUUGUCAAUGUUUCCGCUUCCCACCCGCCACCACCCUCCGAACCGCCAAGUAUUGCCCAAAACUGUAGCAACUCUGCCAGUGCACUAGAUACUCACUGCGCGAAGUGAGGUGUUGAGGCGCGUCCUUAUCGUCGCGACGUGAGAGAUCAAUUCAUAUUUCAUAACGAAGCGAUCGUAGGACUCCCUGGACCAGAAUCAGUAACCAUGUCCGAACCGAAAGGCGAACAGACAGCGACGUCGUCGACACACUUUCAAUCGAGUCCAAGCGCUCCAUUCGCCCAUGAUCCCUACGUCCCACCUCGAAAUGGCCGCCGUCUGAUUGACGAUAUCCCCACGGAACUACUUGUCCAGAUUUUUAUGUGUGGGGAAGAGCGCCACAUGAUCCGUCACCACGGCUGUGUUAUCCCGGAACAUAACAACGGCGAGGCCAAGCUACCGUUUGAAGUGACCACCUCCCAUGUCUGCAAGCUCUGGCGCGACGUCGCGAUCAACACACCCGCUCUCUGGAGCGAGAUUUGCUUCUUCGAAGGUCUGCCGUUCACCCAGACCACAAUCUACCUCGAGCGGUCGAAGUGUGCGCCUUUAGAUAUCCACAUCCACCUGCGCCGAAGGACAUCCCCACUCGCCGCGAUACUCGACUUGAUCAUCCCUCACGUCUUUCACUGGCGUUCACUCUGGUUCCAAGCAUCGCAGUAUGAUCAGAUGGACUAUGCGUUCAACCGUAUGGGCCUCUGCUCUGGCGCGCCCAUGCUCGAGGUCUUACGGCUACAUUAUGUCUGCGGUGGCGGGGAGGACGAGGACGAGGACGACGAGGACAUGCCGGUAUUCUACACCUUUGCUGGAGACCUGUUCAGUGGCAACGCACCGAAGCUCGCGCGGAUCACGUUAUAG